AGAAGAGUCAUCAAAAUAAAACUUCAACUUUUCUGGUUUUCAAGACCGGUUAUGAAUGGUGCUGUAAGACUGCUGUAACUUGAUAUACUUGUGGAAUGGCUAUGGAUUAUAUAGACAUCCAGGUGGAAGCCCUGGAUUCAGCGGAAUAUGUGGAUACUGGAUUUACAACAGAUGUAACUAUCUCUUCAAUGUUAACCCUAUUGUGUAACACCACCAUAACCAACUUGUCUGACUGUGAUGUCACGUUCGCGAGCGUAACGAGUAGUCAGUUGGAGCGGAUCGUUGGUAUCGUUGUGCCCAUUCUUUUUGGAAUCAUCGUUAUUGUGGGCUUAAUCGGCAACUCUCUGGUGGUUGUGGUGGUCAUCUUCAACCCUCCGAUGCGGUCUACCACCAACUUGCUCAUCAUCAACCUUGCAGUGGCUGACCUCCUCUUCAUUAUUUUCUGUGUACCCUUUACAGCUUGGGAUUAUGCGUUGCCCUACUGGCCUUUUGGCGACAUCUGGUGCCGGAUAGUGCAGUAUUUGGUGAUCGUUUGUGCUUAUGCUAGUAUCUAUACUCUCGUUCUUAUGUCUCUGGAUCGCUUUAUGGCUGUUGUCCACCCCAUCACCUCUAUGUCCAUUCGCAUUGAGAAGAACGCCUACAUUGCCAUCACGGUCACGUGGUCUCUGAUCCUGCUAGCGUGCUUGCCUGCUCUGUCUGCUCAUGGAGAAGUGUCCUACAACGUGGGAUCAAACAGGUAUUCUAUGUGUGUGUUCCUGCAAGAAGGUUUCAGUUAUCCAGCAUACCAGAUCUCCUUCUUCCUCUCAUCUUACGUGGUUCCACUCGUGCUCAUCUUCUGCCUUUACUUGUUAAUGUUGAAGAGGUUGUGGUUCCAUGUGGGUCUGGGAGGUAAAGCUAGCGCCGAGAGCCACAAGUCCAAGAAGCGAAUCACCAGAAUGGUUGUCGUAGUUGUCGUCAUCUUUGCUGUUUGCUGGUUCCCCAUUCAGAUAGUCUUGCUUCUGAAGAGUUUGGAUCAAUACCAAAUGAAACUUCGUCCAGAACGGGUGGUCUUCCAGGUGGUGUCACAUAUUCUAGCUUACAUGAAUUCUUGUGUCAACCCUAUUUUGUACGCUUUCUUGUCCGAUAACUUCCGUAAAGCUUUCCGGAAAGUGGUUACAUGUGUCCCCACCAGAUGGCAGUUUAAAGGUGGCAGAAAUGUCUGUGAAACAGCAACACGAGUGAUGGCAGGUACCAAAACUACUUUUGCUACAAAACUCAAUAAUGAUACAGUGUAAGCAGUUUUUAUAUCAAUACACCCAUGCUCUCUCCCUCCCCUACUCGUGUUUCACUGUUGAUACUCCCACUACUCGUGUUUCACUGUUGAUACUCCCCCUACUCGUGUUUCACUGUUGAUACUCUCUCCUACUCGUGUUUUACUGUUGAUACUCCCUCCCCCUACUCGUGUUUUACUGUUGAUACUCCCUCCCCUACUCGUGUUUCACUGUUGAUACUCCCCUACUCAUGUUUCACUGUUGAUACUCCAGUUAGCUCCUUCAUGUAUGUCAUCGUUUUCGUUGUUUCUUGCUAAUUUCCACUGUUACA